ACACGUGGUUUCGAUGACGAUGAUCCAUAAUUUUUGCAUCGAUCACCCUAAGCAACUUGAACGAGGUGAGAAUGCAUAUGCUAGUGGCCACGUCGUCGAAGUGCGGUUUGAUAGCGAUUUCAAGCCAGCUGUGCUAACAGGAAAGGUUAUGGCUAGCAUGAAAAAUAAAAGUUAUAAUGUGGAGAUUUGCAUCGAUUUGGAUGGAGGGAUAGUGGAUGCCACUUGCCAGUGUCCAAGGGGACAAGUGAUUUGCCACCACAUGGCAGCUUUAUGUAUACAUGCAUACCAUAAUGUAAGCGUUAUCGAUAAGGCAUGUCAGUGGAACAUUCCAAAGCAGGCCGGAGGAGCAGACCAUAAGGCCUUGAAGGACAUCUUUCCUCCAAAGAAAGCUGACUUUUGUGCUGUCAAACGAGUGGCAACUGCAGAAGAAAUAAAAAAUUUCCAAGUCAAUCUGUAUGGAAACAUUGUAGGCUUUUCUUGGCUGCUACAACCCGAACCUCAAUCGGAAGCUUUCAUCAUACCAGAUAUUGACUGCAUAAUUUAUUCAGUUGCCUUUAUUGAAGCAGAAGACAAAGCGCUGUUUGUAUGUAAUAGACUCGCCAUUACUGAAGAGGUCAGGAAUUCUAUUACGCAGUCAACAAUUGCGCAAUCAAAGAAUCCCAAUUGGCUUGUGGCUCGCAAGUACCGCUUAACAGCCAGCCACUUUGGGGAAGUUUUGCCUGCCUGUAAGAGGGACCGAUAUCCUCCUUCACUAUUCAAGAAUCUUCUACGAUUACGAUGUGACUGGAGUACAGGCAGUCCAGUGGGGGCUGCAGCACGAAGAAUUAGGGCUUGACGCUUUUACCUUAGCCAUGGGUCUUCAAGUGGUACCAACAGGUUUGUGGAUGGAUAUGUGCGGAUUUUUGGGUGCUUCACCUGAUGGCUUAGUUGGAGAUAAUGCAAUUAUAGAAGUAAAGUGCCCAUUCAAGUAUCGCAAUAUCUCUGAGCUCAGCCUUAUGUGAAGAUCACACAUAUAUAAUUUACAAGGACCAAAACAAUGAAACUCAGAUCAACA